AUGGUUAUGGUUAUGAAUAUUUUAAUUGUGUUUUUGUUGAUGUUUGUUGAAAGUUUGAUUGAUCAGAAUAAGUACCCGAAUCUUCUGAAGCCUUAUAAUUUGUAUAUACGAACAUAUGCUUGCCCGAACUGCGAAGAAUGGUGUGCCAACGAUCCACUUUACACAUGCAAUUACGAUUGCUAUGAAAAUGAAGCAUCUAUAGAUUACGGGGGGAAUAAUGAUUUAGGUAACAUUUGUCGAUUUAGGUAACAUUUGUCAGACAAAAUCCGAAGAGAAAAAUAUGCAUUUUGGACAGGGGUCAUUUUGGCGCAAGUGAUGUUUAUUAGUUGUUACAAAAUUAGGUUGUUCCAGUAUAAGGCCAAAAUUUAACUCCUUGGUAUUAUAAGUAAA